UGACAGUACAGCUGAGACGGGACAGCGGCACCCAGAGCAACCACAGCUCCCCUCUAUCCCGUGGGAGGAGACCCAGAUCGGCUCGGCUCCUCGCUCGCUGUCCAGCGGUAAAAAGGAGCAGGGGGCAGAUUCAUCGCAGAUAGGGGGAGGAAGAAAACAACUCGGCGCAACAGCGACGCCCGAGAUGUGGUGAAAGAGAGAGCUGCCUCCCACUGCCUGCCUGCCUGCCUGCCUGGGGAAAGAAAGAGAGAGCGGAGAGGAAAAACAUCACAAGAAAAGCAUGCAGAAAGGAGCAGGAGGAGGAGACCAGUAGCCUCCCCCGCAUCGGCCUCCAAUUGUUUUUCCUCCUCGCGUCAAAAGGGAGAGGGAGAGGGGGCAGAUCAUGGCCGCCGUCAUGGAUUUGGAUCUCAACUGCGCGCCGCCGUCGCCGGAGCCCGCGCCUCAGGACCACCGCCUCGCCCACGCAAUGCUCCGCCAAGAACACGCCUACCGCCACCAGGUGGAGGACCUGCAUAGGCUGUAUUGGGCGCAGAGGAAUCUCAGGCCCGAUGUGCCCUUCUGGGAGCAAUCCCACGAUGUCCUCUAUCCUGUUCCCACCCAUUCCAUGGCCAUGGCCACUUCCUCCCAAUCCCACAUCCACAUGAUUGAUCCGGAUCUGUCGCGAGGCAAGCAGGCCAUUUGGUGUGGCAAUGGGGUUGCAGGGAAUUUGGGCGCUGAGGGUUCUUCUGUCAGGAGGAAACCUGACCAUGGUGGUGGUGUGCAGGGGAGGUCCGGUUACCGCCGUAUGAUCGAUCUAGAGAAGCCGGCGACGUCCGAGGACGACGAUGAUGAUGUGGAGAUCUUGUCUCCUGCCCGGUUCAGUGACUAUGCCAAGCGCAAUGCUGGGUUUGUGGAUAAUUCUCAGUGUUAUCCAAGGGAGAAUGCUGCCCAUGUUCGUUUCGGUUCAACUGGAUCUAGUGAUACCCCAGACAGUCAUUCACCAGUGAAAGCAAAGGCUACUGCAUCUGGACGCAUGCUUAUCGACCUGAAUAUAGCUCAAGAAGAUGAUUUAAAUGUUUGCCCUGAUUCUUCCAAAAACGUGUUCUGUUCUCCUUUGGCUAGUUCAAGAACAAUGCAAUCAGGAGAAGGUUGCAGCAACUCCAGCAAAGCAUUCCACAUCAGAGCUGAGUCGAGCAUUGGAUCUUCAAAAGGGUCUUCGAUCACAGUUGCGGCAUCAAUGCCGGCCCCAGACAGCAUGAGGGAAGUGAUGGCCAGAGGUAUUUGUGACCCACAGAGCAGUUCUAAGCCUUUCCGCGUGGAAGCUUCAAAUCAUGACGUGCGUCUCAGAGGAAAUAUCCAGCAUCAACAUACACUAGAUAAUGUCUCUGGAAUGAGUUCUCAGGCCUCUAUGGAAAUUCCACGUGAAGAGAUGUCAGUUAGGGCGAGCGGUCGACAUUCUUCUUCUUCUUCAGACUUACAAAAAAUAGGAGGACAAACAGCUGUUUAUAGGGAGUGCCAAGAGGAGAGUCUAGCAGUAAUCUGUGAUGAUGAAAUGGAGGGUUUUGACUUGAAUGUGUCUGUUGGAAGCAUCGAGCUCCCAUCGAUGAUGGAUAGCAGUCCCAGAGAGAAACAUGCAAGUAGUAGUGAUGGUGUUGACAAACUUCUAAGUCAUUACUUUACUGAGGAUAAGGUCCAGGAAAACAUUUCUUCCGUCGAAUGUCCAACUAUCAUAGACCAACAACACAUGGCUGAGAGUAUGGACGGUAAAAGUGUACGGUCGCCAGACUCCGGAGUUGCAACAAACAGAUCGAUGUCGAUUCCAGAAACUCCCCAAGGUCGUGACUACGCUUGUCCAAGAUUGAGACCAUCAAGUAACGGAGAAUCAAAUUCUAUGAACGCGCCCAUCACAUAUCAAGUUGUGACAGAAGAUGAGCUACUAGCGUCCACAGCAGCUCAGACACUCGUUUCCUUGUUCACGGAUAGCGCUGCGUGGAUCACAGACAGCCAUUGCAGCAACAACCAGGCAGAUGCUCAGGAUGGAGGCGAUGAACCGCAGGUCUCGCUGGACUCGUUCGAGGAAGGCGUGAUGAACCUGGAGGCUCUGAGAGACGAUGGGGAUUCAGUCGCUGUGAGAGCGCCGGACAAGGACGGGCCUUCAUGUGGGAUCAAGCUGCGGAGAGGGAGGGGGAUGAGAGACUUCCAGAGGGAGAUAUUGCCCGGGCUGGUCUCCCUCGCGAGGCACGAGAUAUGCGACGACUUGCAUGCUAUAGGGUAUGAAAUCAGGAAGACCAGGCAGAGGAGGGCGCCCGGGGACAAGUACGGUCCGUCGACCCGGUCAAGGCUGCCUCGGCGUUGCUCCAAUGCAUGGAACUAGUGAGGGUUUUUUCAUACGGAAGCACUGGCGAAGCGCAAUGCCGACGAAGGAAAUGUGGGGGAGUAGGAGUUGUGAGGGCAAUUCUGGCCAGGCCUGUGAAUAUCGUCGUGUAUGAACUAUGAAGCCUAGCUGAAACCGGUCUGCUGCUAGCGCCAUCGUUCGGUCGGUGAAUUCCUUUUUUCGGUUAAUCGACAAAAAAGCUUGGUGAUAAUGCCGGAGGGGUGGUAGGUUGCGCCUUUUAUUUAGUAGCUGCGGAUUUAUAUUUAGCAAGUGAAGUGAUGAUGGUAAAGCUCGACAAUUUUUUUUGUUUCUGUAACCUGGAAGAAUGAUUUGGAUGAAUGGCCCCAUAGAACAAGGCUCCCUCCCUGUGUGUA